AUGAAGGCGACGCGCCCGGCGUCCGCGUCCGCGUCCGCGUCCGCGCGGAAGCCGUCGACGUCUUCGCCGUCGAUGUCCGCGGGGCCGCGUCGGCCGUCCACCGCGGGCCCGCGCCGCGCGGCGCGACGCAGCGCGCCGCCCGCGCCGCUGUCCUUCUCCCUGCCCGAGAUGCCGCCGCGCCCCGCCGGCGGUCUCUCCGAGGCGUCGAGCCGCGCGACGUCGCCGCGCGCGACGCGACGCGCGACCGACGCGUCCACGCACGCCGAGAUCGUCGCCGCGCUCGAGGCGCUGGAGCCCGCGACGUUCGCGCGGCCGCCGCUCGCGGCGACCGAGCUCGAGCGUCUCCGCGAAGAGUUCGACGCGCUUCGCGACGGCGGCUCGGACCGCCUCCGCGGCGACCAAGUCGUCGCCGUGCUCCUCGCCGCGGGCCUCGAGAAGGCGACGCUGAAGAAGAUAUGGGCGCUCGCGGACUGGGACGAGGACGGGCAGAUGACGCUCGACGAGUUCGUCGUCGCGAUGUAUCUCGUGGACGGCGCGCGCCGCGGGACGGAGCCCCCGGCGUCGCUGGCGGAUUUGCCCGCGGGGACGUUUCCGUUUCCGUUUCCGUUUCCGGCGGCGUCGGCGUCGGCGUCGGCGACGGCGACGCGCGCGAGGCGGCGCGCGCGCGACGACCCCGACCCGCGCGUGGACUCCCCGGCCGCGCACGACCCUUCGAAUCCGUGGCCGAGGAUCACGCGCGGGGAUCUGAAUCGUCACCGGAGCGUGUUCGACGAGUUGAACGACGACGACGACGACGACUACCUGAGCGGCGAAGCCGUCGUCGACUUGCUGCUCUCCGCCGGGCUGUCGAACGACGUGUGUAAGAAAAUAUGGGACCUCGCGGACGCGGACGGCGACGGCGACAUGACGUGGAAGGAGUUCGUCGUCGCGAUGUACCUCACGGAGCGCGCGAGCGUCGGGCAGGACCCGCCGAACGCGCUGAGCGACCUCCCCGCGGGGACGUUCGACGCGGAGGAAGAGGAAGAGAGGGAGGAGAGCGUCACGCGACCGUCGUUCACGAGUUCGCGCUCGUCCGGCACGGCGAAGCUGCCGCGCGCGUCGCGCGUGAACGCCGACGCCGAGGCCGUUCCUGUUCCUCUCGAAUCCCCGGUCCGGCCGCCUCCCGAGCCGACGCCGACGCUCGCGCCGGAGGACCCGCGGUGGCCGCGCUUGACGGAGAAGGACCUCGCGAAGCACAGGACAACGUUCGAGGAAAUGAAGGCGUCCGACGGCGCGCGCGAGAUGGAGAUGGUCGACGGCGGCGCGAUGGCCGAGCUCCUCGCGACCGCGGGGUUAGAGCAGGCGACGCUGGAGACGAUCUGGGACCUCGCGGACGCGGACGCGGACGGGCACAUGACGUGGAACGAGUUCGUCGUCGCGAUGUAUCUCACGGAGCGCGCGACGGCGGGGCAGCCGCCGCCGGCGUCGAUGGACGAGAUACCCCCGGACGCGUUCGAUCCGGAGUUGCGCGUCGCCGUGGCGCCGCCGCCGGUCGAGCCGGUCGAGUCAGUCGCGCCGCCUUCUCCGCCGCCGAAGGACCCAUCGCCCGCGCCGUCGGUCAUGAGCCCGAGCGAACGCGAGUUCGUGACGCGCUACGACCCGAAAGCGGUCGACGUCGCGGACGUCGACGUCGACGACGACGACGACGACGACGCGCGGCGGUCGACGCCGCCGCGCCUCGGCGCGGUCACGGUGGUGACGCGGAAAAAGAACGGCGUCGUCAACGUCGUCGGCCCCGUCGUCGGCCCCGCGGCCGUCGCCAGAGAGAAGGUGGCGUCGUCGCCCAAGUCGCCGACGAUACCGACGACGCGGGGGUGGCCCUACCGCGUCCGCCCGCCCGUCGGCGACGCGAUUCUCUCGCUGGAGAUCGGCAUCCACGCGUCGUCCGCGCGGCCGGGGAAGACGACCGCGACGCUCGUGUUCCGCGAGGGCGAGGUCGCGAGGGAGGUCGCCGCGACGUUCUGCGACACGCACCGGCUCCCGAAAGGGACGGAGAGGGACGUGACGGCGUUGUUGUUGGAAGCGUUGCGGCGGCACGUGGACGCGUCGAGGUACGAGGAGACGAUCGAGGGGUACUGGCGGCCGCCAGGGCACAAGCUGACGCGGCGGAGCAGCGUGACGAAGAAGCCGCCGAAGUCGCCGUACGAUCCGUGA